AUGUUAGACAAGCGAGGCGAGCUUCCAAGCGUUGGAACGAACGAGCCUAAGGCGAGAGAGGCGAGAGUGACGAGCACGAUCGAUCAUUGGACUCGCUACAGCUUACGCUACGAAAUGUUCGUCUUGGCGCUAGCACGAGCCUCCAUCUGUCUAAGUGGAGUCUCCUCUGACUGA